GGGUGGCUACGGUACGCCAAAAUAGCAAUAAUACUUUAUUCACUAUGUGUGAGCCAGGACACGACGUAGAGAAUUGGAACUUUUUGAAUUUACAUGGACGGUCAGUUGUUAUUUACAUAAUGAAAAGUCACUUAUCUUCGCCAUAGCUUCCCACAAGUCUUUUUAGGGCAAAGUUGUAAUGUCUCAGUAAGUAAUAAGACUUGCUUCCCCUUACUGAUGGUUUGAAUUUUGGACAAAAAGAUGCUUGGGUCCAUUCAUGGAGCAUCAAUUUGCAGCACUUUCAAAGUCUCCGCGAACUCGCCCGCUAACAAAAAUGAGCAGGCGCAGUCAUUCUGUCGCUGUAUUGACCUAGGAUUUUCUCAUGUCAGUAAUUGUAUCUCGCCCAGAUCAUAGAGUGUUUGGUCACCGCUGUUUGAAAACACGAGGAGCAUGCGAACAUUUUUAAUCUAAAAGUGAUGGAAUCACGAUUGAAGCUUUAAAGCGAAUUCACUGCUGUCCCCGGUCAUUCGAUCUGCUGAGUGUUCCGAGGCGAGCACGCUGCACAGGUAACAGCUGUUUAUAUUUAAGUCCCAGAAGAACAACAAUAUGUCUUUUUUUUUUUUUUUCAAAGUAGAAACUGAGAGACUAAUGUCAGAAAUAAUUAAUUAAUUUAGCUAAGAUGACUUGAAUGGCGCUCAAAGGCUAAUUGUUUGGCGCACACCCAGACGAAGUAACAAGGUAUUAAUUAGCACGCUUGAUUAAAAACAUUUUCUGAUAAAAGACGCUACUUAGCAACACCCCUUUACGUCUGGGUAAGUUGAUUAUGCUUAGUGGAAACCAGUGUUUAUUGCAGGCAUGGCCAUAAUGAGCAACUUCAUAUCUUGGCCAGUUUUAGGAAAAAGACGAAGAAUUCAUGUUAAGUUGCGUGCAUGUGUAGAAUGUCAAUAUUGUUCAAACAUGUCAACACUGACACCUGGCUUGGGAACUCAGCGAUGUUUCUAAGAGUUAACCGUUAUUGCUUACAAUUGAAUACAGAAAGCAUUUCAUUUUCCGUGUGGUAAAGAUGAACAGUUACAAUCCCAUACCUCGUUACUUCUUUGUUGUGUUCUGCCUUGCCAUCUUAAUUGGUGUUGUUCAAGGACCUUAUAAAGAUGGAGACAUCAUUUUGGGCGGACUUUUAAGGGUUCAUUUGAGAGGAGAUUCUGAAAACCGGUGCGGUGAGCUUGACGUCAGGGGCUUAAAUCGCGUGUUCGCCAUGAUAUUUGCCAUUGAACAGAUCAACAACGAUUCAAAAUUACUUCCAAACAUAACUCUGGGCUACGAUAUACGAGAUUAUUGUGAAAUUUCUCUACAGGCUGCCCGAAUCUCUUAUGAUCUUAUUAAAGGCAAGCUUUUCCCAAACAUGACGCAAGGUAAACUCGGAAGGAAAUCGAUCACGGCUCUAAUUGGUCCAGACGACUCUAGCGCUGCGGUUGUUAUCGCUGGUCUUCUUCAAGCCUUGAACGUCUCAGCAAUAAGUCCGACUGCAACAAGUUCUGAACUAAGUUCUCAUCCCUACAUGCACUUGUAUCGAACGGCGCCUUCGGAUUCCUUUAAAGCAAAAGCCAUGGCUGACCUCAUAGAGCAUUUUAAUUGGAGUUAUGUAGCCGCCUUUGGACAAGAUGACUCAUAUGGACGGAAUGGACUUUGGUCGGUAGACAGAGAAGCUGAAGCUAGAAACAAUUCAUUCUGCCUUGCUAUGACGAAAUUUAUAUCCCGUGAAAGUUCCAUUUUGAGCAUAAGAAACAUUGUCACAACACUCAAUCGGCAAAAAAAUAUCAGAGUUGUAAUCUUAUGGAUACACGGUAGCUAUGCAACGCACUUUUUCACUGAGGUCUAUAGACAAAACAUGACUGGGCGAGUCUGGCUCCUAAGCGAUGUAUUCAUUUCUGACUCAAUUCCAGGUUUUUCUUCCAUUUUUGAUGGAUCCAUAGUAGUCAAGCCUCAUCGUUUUUCCGCCGAAACAGAAUUUGAAGAACGUAAAAAAGCUCUAACUAUCAAAACAAUAAAUCAAACCUUCCCGGAAUGGUGGAGCGAGAUUAAAACGCUGAUAACAAAUUGCGCGGCAAGUGAUGAGAAUGCAAAUUCAACGGGACAAUGUUUCCAUGAUUUUGUUCAGCGCAUGCAGAGUUCUUAUACUCCGCACGUCAUUGACGCUGUUCAUUCCAUGGCACAUGCUUUGAACAUCUUAUUUGAAGACACCACGGUGGAAGAUGUCGGUUACAAGCUGAAACUCACCAUGGAUAUUAAUGUGAUGAAAAGCCUCCUUUCUAGAGUUAGUUUUGCUGGACUGACGGGAAAUAUAAGUUUUGAUAAAGAUGGCGACAGACGAUCUGUCUUGUACGACAUUGUCAAUUUUCAGCAAGUGGAAGAAGGCCAUACUAAGCGCCUAGAACAAGUUGUUGUCGGAAAAUGGAAAGAGAAUGAGCCCCAUGCCAAACGUCUACAUAUAUCCCAAAACAUUCACUGGAACUCUCCAACUAACCAGCCUCCAAAGUCUGAAUGCUUGGAGCAAUGUCCUGCUGGAACUAGAAGAUCCACCACUUCACCAUGUUGUUGGAACUGUGUCGCAUGUCCUCGUGGCACAGUCAACCCAAUUCCUGGCAUAGAGGCCUGCAUUGAAUGUCCCAGAGGAAAAAAAUCUAAUGAGGCCAAGACUCAUUGCGUGGAUCUACCAGUGGCCAAUCUCAAGUAUUCCAGCGCAGGAGGAAUAGUUAUUCUUGUAUUUACUGUUGCUGGUAUGGUAGCCAUACUCUUUUCGCUAGCUGUCACCUGUAAAUUUUGGAAUACUCCCAUUGUCAAGGCGUCUAACAGGAAGUUCAGCAUCGUCCUCGUGAUAAGCAUUCUGUUGCUUUUAACUCUAGUGGUUAUCAAUCUUUUCGAACCCUCAGAUACAACUUGCAAGAUCAUUUAUCCAUGGCGCUUCUUAACCUACAAUUUGUGCCUCUCAUUUCUACUAGUCAAAAUUUUGCGUAUUUCCAGUGCUUUCCAAAUUCCAUUAACACGUUCAGCUGUGGCAAUCACUCUUACCAAUAAAAUGCAAGUUGUGAUCAUAAUAGCCAUGCAUAUUCUGUUGUUACUUGUGUUACUACCCUGGCAACUUCUGGAUCCACCUAUCAAAAAGGAACACAUUCUAACGGAGCAGUACUUGUUUAUUGAGUGUAAGGCUCACAAAGUAGUGGUUGGCAAAAGCUUUUUCAUGGUAGCUUGCUCUUACAUAUUUAUUCAAGUACUUUUCUCGGCAUUUUGUUCUUUUAAAAUAAGGAAAGUACCAGAAAACUUUAGUGAGGCUAAACGAAUAGCAUUUUCGAUGUACAUAUUUUCGUUUUCAGUGUUAGCUUAUUAUCCGGUAGAGUUCUCAAGGAGCGGAUGGUAUGUGACUGUUGUGGACUGUGUUACAAUACUGUUGAGUGCUUAUGGCUUUAUUUGCUGUUUAUUAUUACCAAAGAUGUAUAUCAUUUGGUUUAGGCCAGAGCUGAACAAUUUACACCAGAUCCGUAAUGAAGUAACUCAAUUUGCGUUUGGACUUAGUUCCGCGAUGCCCCUUGAUCCUGCGGCGAGCUCCUAAUCCGGUAUUCACCAUGCAUGGCUAAACGUAAACAAAGUUAAUCUCAACUUUAAAAUUGUUUUGGAUUAGUCUGUUUGGCUCUUUUAAUAGUUCCAAAUUUGCCCUGUCCACAAUUAGAAUUCAUUAUCAAAGAAUGAACAACAUUUUCUCGUUUGGCUUCACUUUGUUAUGGAUUGCAUUUAUUUUUAUCAACGAUUACUGUCUGGACCUCGGAUCAAGUGGUCUCGCGUUCUUUGGCCGUUUUUGUUUUGUUUUGUUUUUGUUUUUUGUUUUUUGUUUUUUUGUUUUUUUGUUUCUUUUUUCAUUUUGUCGUUUCUUUGGGCGGGACACUCUACUUUAAAAGUGCCUCUCUUCACUCAUGUGAUAAAUGAGCACCAGGAAAUUUAACAUUUUAGAUCGAUAACCACUGCAAUCGACUAUUAUUACAUCAAGCGGGAGCAAAAAUACUCCUAGUCGCUUCAUGCUACGGAAAUCACCGGACAUUAGAGCCACGAAGCUUCAACACAGACUCUGGUAGAAAAAAGCAAACAAACAAAAACAAAAACAAAAACAAAUAAAAAAAAGAAAUUAAGGUUAUGCUUCCCAAUGGUUUUGGGUGAGACUAAAAAUAAUAAUCCCCAUGUAUGGCCUAUUUAGAGAUAAUGUGAUUAAAGGCGUUCCCGAAUAAAAAUAUGCUUGUUGUUUUAGUUUUUGCAAUCGAUGUGAGUAACGUUCGCAUGUUAUUCAUUCAAUUAUUCAAUUGCGAGAUGGAAUAGUUCUGCAUAAUCUUGACAGGAAAUAUGGACCUUUGGUAUUGCUUUGCGUUCAGGUUUUGCACAUUCAUUAGCAAAAUGAAGAAAACAAAGCGCACAUUAAAAACGUAACUAAUCAGUUGUCUAUGA